CUCCUAAGCUUUCUUCUAUAAACCAUAACGCAACGCAAAAGCAACUUUGCACUUUUCAUCAUCUCUAAUUCUAUUUCUAUUUCUAAUUCUAAUUAUUAAUCGAUCUCUGCAAUUUCAUUCUCAUGGAGGGACACAAGUUGUUGAAGAGGAAAGGAAACGUCAGCGACGAUUUCUUCGAUUUCUCUCUCUCUUCUCCUGCUACUAAGAUUCGCCGUCUGGAUGCUGCGUUGCCGCCAAUUGUGGAAGAAGAGGAACCUUUACCGUUACCUCCUAACAAUGAGAGAGCUCUUGUGCUUUUCAAGCCUCCUCUUACCUCUCCUUCCUCUUUCUCUCUCACUCUCAGUUCUGAUCUCAUAUCUGGAAUUAAGAAUAAGUUUCCUUGGUCAAAACAUUGUGAUUCUGAUUGUGACCAGAACGAGAACGAUCAUCGUUUGGCUCUUGUGCCUUGGGUACCCUCGUCUUCUUCACAAUUCCCCUCUAUUGAUGAUGAUGAUUCUGAAAACUUCAAUGCAGAGUUGAUGGAAGCUGAUGAAAUGAGAGGAGGAGGAGAAGGAGAAGCAGAGGCAUCUAUGAUGAUGGAUAUAGAACAAGAAAAUACUGCUAGUGGUUCUUCAACUUCAUCCAUCUACCAUCCAAUAACACAAAGUCUACAACAACAACAACAUCAACAUCAUCAAGGCAUUGCUUAUGGUGGAGUAACAGCUACAGUUCCAGAGGGUUUCCAGCAUCACUGCUUGUUAUCUCAGCUUCCUCAAAACACCUCAACUGCAAUCACUUGGACCCGUUGAAAAUCUUGUAGUUUUACACUCUCUUCUUGUGUUGUUGUUUUUGUUGGACAAGCUUUUCUCCUAUUUAGAAUACUAGAAUAGACCAUAGAUUGCGGUUUCUGAGAGAAGUGGCUUUCUCCAAAUUUUUGGUUCUGCGUUACCAAGUUAUGGAUGGGAAAGUUGGUCCAUGUCUAUAAUGGGGACCGUUUAAGAUGGGAUGGGAAUCGUUGUACUUGUUCAAAAGACCAUCCAAGUUUGACAAAGAGAUUAAUGUGUAUGUUUUUUUUUUCCAGCCCUUUUUGAAAUGAUUUCAAGUUUCAACUUUGAUUCAAUUCGAAUUUCGCAUUGGUGCAAAGAUAUGAUAUUUGAUAAGGAGGCAGUGCUUGAAAAGAUAAGGCAUUGCACUUAGAUUAAGCUCUGAUUUUUUAUUUUUUA